UGUAUCAUAUUUCUUUGAUUUACAGAUGUAAAAGGAUGUGUGAGAUACUGCAGGAUCAUAAAGCCUUCCUGAAGGAGAAGUUUCAUCGUUUGACUGAGGGAAUCUCCAAGCAGGGAAACCCCACACUCCUCAAUGAGAUCUACACAGAGGUCUACAUCACAGAGGGGGGCAGUGGAGAGGUCAAUGAUGAACAUGAGGUCAGACAGAUUGAGGCAGCAUCCAAGAGAUCAGAUGCAUAUGACAAACCAAUCAAAUGCAAUGAUAUUUUCAAACCUUUACCUGGGCAGGAAAAGGAUAUUAGAACUGUGCUGACAAAGGGAGUGGCUGGCAUUGGGAAAACGGUCUCUGUGCAGAAGUUCAUUCUGGACUGGGCUGAAGGAACGUUCAAUCAGGAUGUCCACUAUAUAUUUCCUCUUCCCUUCCGUGAGCUUAACUUAGUGAAGGAGGAACAUCUCAGUUUAGUGGGUCUAAUUAAACGAUUCUGUGGUGACAUCCAUGAUUUGAGCAUUUUCACUGGUGACAACUGCAAAGUUCUGUUCAUCUUCGAUGGUCUGGAUGAGUGUAGGAUUCCUCUGAAUUUUAACUCCACCUCAAAGUGUUGUGAUGUAACAAAAGCAACCACAGUGUCUGCUUUGCUGACCAACCUCAUCAAGGGGAAUAUGCUGCCCUCUGCUCUCCUGUGGAUCACCUCCAGACCAGCAGCAGCCAAUCAGAUCCCUCCUGAGUGUGUGGAUCAGGUGACAGAAGUACGGGGGUUCAAUGACCUGCAGAAGGAGGAGUACUUCAGGAAGAGAAUCAGGAAUAAGAACAUGGCUAGCAGAACCAUCAGCCACCUGAAGUCAUCCAGGAGCCUCUUCAUCAUGUGCCACAUUCCUGUCUUCUGCUGGAUUGCAGCCAUUGUUCUGGAGAAAAGGUUGAAGGAAAGAAACUCAGAAGAGGAGAUCCCCAAGACUCUGACUCAAAUGUACCUACGCUUCCUGAUGAUUCAGAUACAGAUCAAGCAGAAGUACACAGAAAGAAAAGAGACGGAUGAAGGGAUGAUUUUCAAGCUGGGGAAACUUGCUUUUCAGCAGCUGCAGAAGGGCAAUCUGAUCUUCUAUGAGCAGGACCUGAGAGAGUGCGGCAUUGACAUCACGGAGGCAUCAGUGUAUUCAGGAGUGUGUACCCAGAUCUUCAGAGAGGAGGCUGGGCUGUACCAGGGGAAGGUGUUCUGCUUUGUGCAUCUCAGCAUUCAGGAGCAUCUUGCUGCAUUGUAUGUGCACUUCACUCUCGUCAUACAGAAGGAAAAUGUUCUAAAAAAAGUCACACUGCGAUCCAUGAUUGGUCAGGUUUUCAGGUCCCCACCUGUUCCUGUGUCUGUCUAUGAGCUGCACAAGAUGGCAGUAGAUCUGGCCUUGCAGAGCAAAAACGGACAUCUGGACCUUUUCCUCCGCUUCCUCCUGGGCCUCUCACUGGCAUCCAAUGAAAAGCUCUUGAGAGCUCUGCUGCCACAGGCAACCAUCCAAUCACAGAGCACAGAUGACACUGUCCAGUACAUCAAGAAGAAGAUCAGGAAGAAUCCCUCAUCAGAGAAAUGCAUGAAUCUGUUCCACUGUCUGAAUGAGCUGAAUGACCAGUCCCUAGUGGAGGAAAUCCAGAACUACCUGAAGACAUCAGGAGGUCUAAAGGAAGCCAAACUCUCCCCUGCACAGUGGUCAGCUGUGGUGUUUGUGCUGCUGACCUCAGAUCAGCAGCUGGAUGAGUUUAACCUCCAUGGAUAUGGCGCAUCAGAGGAAUGUCUGCUGAGGCUGAUGCCUGUGGUCAAGGCCUCCAGAUCAGCAAAAAUCUCGCUCCAGAUGGCUUCUGGACCACAACCAUUCAAGAAGACCGCCAGAUUUUACUACCCAAGCCCUGCCAGGCCGGUCACCGCUCCUCUCGGCGUCCUCACACUCUUCUCCCGCUCCACCUCGAGGCCCUACUCACCACUGACUCCAGCCCCGGAAACCGUCAUCACGCGAGCCAUGGCGCCAUACCCGACCCUCGCAAAGCUUCAGACAAUCGAUGCCCUCUGA